AUGAAGACUUCAAACCGCCCUGAUGAGUGGAAAAUUGAGCAGGGCCUCUCGGGGGCUGUACUUCCGGUCCUAGAUAUGACCGGGCCCGAGACAAAGGCUCUACCUCCUCAAACUUUCGACCCUCCCACCAAGGAUGAGAAAGCACUCGCUGAGAUUGGUGACCGCGAGAAGCUGUUCGCUGCUGAACGAAAGGGCUGGGCCGGCUUCGUGGAGUGGGAAAAUUAUCCCGCCAAAAAAGCCGCCGCACACAAGAUUUUGACAUCUCAGACUUUCUAUCCCAAUCCCGAAUACCAGUUGGGCCCAAUUCCUGGCACUAACCCAGUCCUUCCCGGGACCAACUGGAAAUUGUGGCACCAUGCAAUUGGCGGCGAGCUCACCAAUGUCCCUGACGACUCUUGGGAUAUCGUUCUGAAGGAAAAGCACCCAGACAUGCUCCAUCUGCUCCAGUUCCCCUACAACGGAGAGCCACCCAAGCGACUGGUGACCGACAAAGAAAUCACUCCAAACUCGCUCCACUUUGUCAGAAACCACGGCGGGAUCCCCAUCAUUGACAAAGAGGACUACAGUUUUGUGCUGGAUGGUUUGGUCGCAAACCCCCGGUCUUUUACUUUGGACGACAUCAUGGAUGAGACAAAAUUUCCACGUAUGGAAAAGGCCAUCACAAUGCAAUGCUCUGGAACUCGCCGCAUCGAGCAGAUCCUCAAGUACGCUGGCCAAGGUGAUGAGGUUCCUCAGGCGCCUUGGGCAGAGGGGGCAAUCGGAACUGCUCGAUACGUCGGCAUCAGCCUGAAGAAAGUCAUCAAGGCUUGUGGAGGCUUGGUUGAUGGCGCCAAGCACCUGGAAUUCUACGGCGCCGACACCUACUUCAAAGACAACAAGACAAUGAACUACCUUGUCAGCGUUCCGUGGUCCAAAGUCAAGGCGAACGAGGUCAUGUUGGCGUGGGAGAUGAAUGGCGAGGUGUUGCCAAGAAUCCACGGUUAUCCCCUUCGCAUUGUGGUCUUCGGCUACAUCGGGGCCAGAAGUGUCAAAUGGCUGUACCGUGUCAAGGCCAUCAAAGAGCCCUCGCGAGCCCCUGUCCAGAGCCAGGAGUAUCUGUACUUCCCUCAACAGGUUGGGAAGCACAACCUUAAGAUGACAGAUGGUAUUCAGAUCCAGGAGAUGCCUGUCAGUUCGGCCAUCAUGUCGCCCUGGACUAAGCAGGUCGUCAUCCACAACGGCAAGAUCCGCUGCAAGGGCUGGGCCUACUCCGGAGGAGGUCGAUGGCCCGAACGCGUUGAACUCUCAGCCGACGGUGGCUUCAACUGGUACACAGUACCAGUGGAGAAUCUCUCUAAGAAGCGACCCUGGACGUGGCGCACGUGGGAGUUUGAUCUUCCCUGCGACGUCGAAGGCUGGAUUGAGGUUGUCUGUCGCUGCUGGGAUAACUCGCUAAACACCCAGCCUCCCAACGUUCGCACAGCCUGGAAUUGGGGCUUACACGUCACCAGCUCGUGCCAUCGCAUCUCUCUGUACAGUGUAAACAAGGCUAGGCCUGUGACAAAGGCGCGUCUUGACGAGUUUGAAGAGAGGGGCAUUCCUUUUGGACCAAUCACGGUUCCGUUGGCAUUCCCGUCCCAAUCUUGGGAAGACUAUGAGAAAUAUUGGGCAAACCAUGACCCGCGUGAUGCGGAGGAUGAUUAG